AGUUUCUUGACUGUCAUGUGAUAGGUGAAAAUGGCGUUCAUCAAAAUAGUUUUGUUGUGUAUUUUUGGUAUUCUCGUACCUAGUAAGUUGGUAAAAAGUGACUAGGAACAUCAAUAAUAUAAUAUAAUAUAGUCAGUUUUUGGUACCCAGUUUUUUAAAAAAUAAUAUAGAAUAUAUAUAAUAUAUAGACCCUAUAUAGGGAUUUACCAGGGAUUUUUGACAACACUUAUGACUUAUUUCAGUAAUUUUUUAUCUACUUUUUCAUUCAGUAUAGUAUAAUAAUUAAUACUAGUACAAUAGUAAUUAAUAAUAAAUAAUUAUAAAUAGUUACUAAACUAAACUGUACUACUAUACUAUUAUUAUUAUUAUUAAAUUAUUUAUUAUUAUAAAUUAUAAAAAUUAUAAUAAAUAAAUUAUACUUAAACUUACAUAAACUUUAUACUAUGAACAUGAAUAGAUUAAUAGUAUAAUACUAUAUAGUAUUAAUUAGUAUAAGCUAUUGACUAUGCCAUUAGACUAUGCUAGUAAAUUAUUAAUAAAAUUUAAAAAAAUUCUAAUUAUAAUUUUUUUUUAAGUAUCAUAAUGAGCAUAUCUAGUCUAUUCUAUCCACUGAUACUAUUACAUUCAUUAAUUUAUUAACCGAAUUAAUAAUAUAUAUGUUUUAGGUAGUUAUGCAGUUGAAAGUCUUCGAUUCCUCAUCAUUGGGGAUAUGGGUGGAGUGGACUAUGCACCAUACAGCACAUAUUAUGAGCGCUCUACAGCUGCAGAGAUGGGGAAAAUAGCAGAUCUCUACUCUCCCCAGUUUGUAAUGGAAUUGGGAGAUAACUUUUACUAUGAUGGUGUAAAAGAUGUCAAUGACAUCAGAUUUAAGGUGAGUCAGACUUCUAUCGGUUUAAUUGUGAUGAUGGUGUGAAGGAUGUCAAUGACAUCAGAUUUAAGGUGAGUCAGACUUAUUUUGGUUUAGUUGUGAUGAUGGUGUAAAGGAUGUCAAUGACAUCAGAUUUAAUUUGAGUCAGACUUUCUAUUAGUUUAGUUGUGCAACUACUUACCUUAAAAUUUUCAGCUGUAUAAUUAACUAUUCAUAUUUGUUUCCAAGCUUUCAAAAGAACAGAGUUUCAAAUAAUAUGUUAAGUUGCAGAUUCAGGCAUUAGCUGGGUACCACACUAUACCUUGUUAUUGAAAAGAGAUGACUUUUUUUUGGAGGACACCUAAAUAUAUCAUAAUUUUGUUUUUGUUGAUCUCCAAUUUAUAAAGUUAAAUUAUUGUCUUUUUAUGUGACCACUGCCUAUAUUAUACAGCUAAAAUAAUUCUUUUAGUAAAUUCAAUAAUGAGAUGAAUGGAAAACUCUUGUAGACGACCUAUGCCCCAGAUAGGGUAAAAGGUAAAAGUAAUUAAGUCAGUAAACUUAAUAAACACAUUUUACGAUUGUAAAAUGUUAAACUUAUGUGUUAAGAGAUUACUUGUUGGGGUAACAUUAUUCUUUGAACCAUCUCUGCUUUCCUUCACCAUAGGCAACAUUUGAAAAUGUCUACACAGCUAAGUCCUUACAGAUUCCAUGGUACCUCAUAGCUGGUAAUCAUGACCACCAUGGCAAUGUCACUGCUCAGAUUCUCUACUCUAAGUACUCCACAAGAUGGCAAGUAUUUGUUGCUGAUGAUUGCUUACAAAUUAGUUGUUUUAACAAUGAAAUUUCCAUUAUAAAUCUGAGUAAAUAAACUUGUCAGCGACUAUUUUUAUGGCAAUUGAUCAGCAGAUUUGCGAAAACAGUUUGAGAUAAAUUUUUAUAAUGAACAUCAAAAGACACUGUUUAAAGAGGUAGGUUAAUUUUUAAGGUUUUAAUUUCCCAAUUCCUUUUUAGUUAACAAUUGAGAAUACAAAUAAUUUUUCUUCAAACUAAGUAAUAUAUAAUGAUUUAGAGAUUAUUUUAAAGUUAUUAUGAAGGAAUGCCUUUUAAAAUAUUUUGUUAAAAAUAAUUUGGACUUUGAAGGAACUAUCCGGACUAUUAUUAUUACUUGGAGCUUCCCUUUGCUGAUGGCAACCACACUGUAGGAUUUGUAUUCAUUGACACUGUUCAGCUGUGUGGAUCAACUGAUGAUUUUACCAAUGUGAAACCUAAAGGCCCUGAGAAUAAGAUCACCGCUGAUGCUCAAUGGACAUUUAUAGAGGAGUCUUUAAAGAAGAGCAGGUAACAAAUACAUCAGAUCGAUACAGAUGUGAGCUUUAUUUGCCUGAAGACACAAAAUUUAAUUUAUGUUUUGUAUCCAUAUACAAUACCAAAUGGCUUCAGAUAUUAGAGAAUAAUUUUAAAUUUCCUGAUGCAAACUUUGACAUUUGACAACAAGGUUUUUUUUAUAUUCAGGAUCAGUUUAGUCUAAUGAAUUUCAUCAAUUUUUUUCGUAGACAUAUUAGAGGUAGAGAAUAUUUUAUCCAAAUUCUGUGAAUACUUAUAUCAUUUCAUGCCAAAUAGGUUUGUCUCCCCUUAACUAAGUAAAUUGUAGAAUUAUAUACUUUUCUUUUUUUUUUUUUUAAAUGUUUGUAUACUAGGCCAAAUGUUUUUAGGAUGAAAUAUUAACUCGCCAUGACUGAGAAUAGAUCGGGGGUCUGCAAACUUUUUCAGCCAUUAUCCCAAAGUUUUUUUGUUUUUUUUAUGAGCAAAGGUAGGUAGUUGCAAAAGGCAUCAAUGUUUUGACAACCUUUGGAUAUCUUGUUGUUUUGAGCAUAAAAAGUAGCAUCACUAGGAGUGCAGGAAUGUUUACCACACAUGGGACAUCCUCACAGGGGGAUGACAUCCUCACAUGGGAGUGACACCCUCACAGUGAUAACCAAAUGAAAAUUAGUAAUGUGACUGAGCUUGAUCAAGUUGGUUUCAUAACACAUCUAAGUUAAAUGCAUGAGCAGGGGGCCAAUCGUCAUCAGAGCAGUUUACCACCAGAGUAUGUUGUCAUAAGAGCAGGGUGUCACCAGAGUAGAUUGCCUUAAGAGCAGCAUGUCACCUGAGCAGGCUGACUCGGAGGAGGUCCAUGGAGAAGUCUGGACAGGGUGACACUGGGUAGAACCAAUUAUGAUGUCUCAGAGCAUAAGAUAAAAUAUGCGACUAGGCAAAAAUGACAAGCAACUAGUAACCACAAGUUACGGCGUGCAUUGGGCUAGUACACUAGCCAGAUGUAGCAUUGCCAGAAAUAAAAUAUUUUGUUAAAAAAUAACAGGCUUUAAAUAUAAUUUUAUUUUACCCAGAUUCCCUCCAAGAUUUCCAUUUUUACUUCAUUUGGAGUAAUUUACCCCAGUUUGCUGACCAUUGCAUGCAAUAGAAGAUGGUAUUAGCUUCUUAAAUUCUUGAAUAUCCGAAAAAUUACGUUAUUUUCUCUGUCUAAUUAUGUCAGAAUAUGUGCUUUUAUCAGUGCAACAUUUAUCCUGCAUUCGUAAUAGCCUUUAAUGAUUGUGGAAAUAUAAUUUAUAAGAACACAUAAGUUCAAUCUGGCACUGGCUACGAACUGUGGACUCUGCAAUAAGGCAGAUGAAUUAUCCCACAUUUUUACGCUUUAAUAUGUAACAGAGUCAAUAAAAAAUUGGCCUGUUAGAUUUAGAAACCUAUAAUAUUUGAAAAAAGAUAUAUGUAUCUUAUCUGGCUCAAAAAUGUUGAUCCUUUGUUUGUAUAUGAUAUCCAAAUAUCUGCUUAUCAGAAUUAGAUAAACUAACAUAAUAAGUCAAAUGUUGGCUUACACGCCAAGGUCACCCUUUACAAACUCCCAGAGGAUGGGCUUUCAUUAUUUUUAAAUUUUAUUUGUUAUAACAUUUGAGUAUAAUUCUUAAAGAACAUCAGAUAAGGGAAGAUCUUAGUCUUUAUAUACAUUUAUUCUGUUUCCACAGAGCCGACUACUUAUUCACAGCAGGUCAUUACCCUGUCUAUUCAAUAGCUGAACAUGGGCCAACAGAUUGCCUUGUGCAGAAAUUAGACCCCAUGUUGGACACAUACAAGGCAAACGGUCAUUUGUCAGGGCAUGAUCACAAUCUCCAGGUAUUGGUUUUCAUUUUCUGGCAGAAGUCUCUGAAUUUCAUUAAUAUACAUCUCUAUAAAUUUUCUUAGGUUUCAUUAGGACGCAUUGACUGCAGCUACUAGUUUUGCAUGAGUUACAUGUUUUGGAAACAUGACUGACAGGCUGCAUCAAUAGCCUGAAGCAGAGAUUAGCAUUCCACUAGAGAAAAUGUUCUGCUAACUCCUAAAAUAUAAAUAGUGGUAGAAGGGCUAAAUUUGAUUAUGCAAAUCUAAUGUGUCCGCUGUAUUGGGAUUUUUAUAGUUUAAAUUAGCUUCUUCUGUAUCAAAGAAUGUAUUAGUAAAACUGGAAAAAACUUUAAGUAAAGUAGACUCUUCAAUGAUCUACUAAAAAAAUCAGGGUUAAAGUAUGGUACAGUUUCUGAAUCAUUGGAGUUGAUAAAACUAUCAGAACUGACAUAAUACUAUACCUAAGUUUUUGAGCCCUGUUAUCACUGACCUAGUUUUGGUUAUUUUAUCACAUCAUCUGGAGCUAAUUUUAACUUAAGUAUCAUGUCCAAAAUUCUUUAUCCUAUCCACAUACUAAGUGCAUUUAAAUAUCAUUAAAAUAAGAUUCAUUGUUCAGGAUUAUUUUCAUCCAUUUAUGAAACAUAACAUAUGUGAUCUUUUAACAUUUUUACUGCUACGCUGUAAUCAUCUUAUUAUUUUAUUUUGUUCUUUAGCAUUUACGCGUUAAAUCAAAGGCAGGUAACACCAUUGACUACUUGGUGUCAGGCAUGGCAAACUUCAUCGACAUCAGCACAACUCAUAUGAACUCUGUGCCAGCAGGAUCUUUGUUCUUCCAUUAUUCCAACCUGGCCUCAAAAGGAGGAUUCCUCUAUGCAGAAACAACCACAUCGAACAUGACCUUGACAUUCAUCAAUGCAAGUGGAGAGCAGCUCUAUUCAACUGUUCUUUUUCCACGCAAAAUUUAGUCUCUUUUUAAUAAGAGAAAUUUUGUUUUAUUUUUUUUUCUGUUUUUUCCUCCUAGACCAAGGGGCUUUCACUGUUAAUCCUAUGUUUUCAUAGUAGUUUCUUUUCUGUUUCAUUAUUUUCUCUGGGCAGAAACCAGGGUUUUAUAUUAAUCAUUGUGUGGGAACAACUUAAACAUUUACAAUUUUGUUGAUCAAAAAAAGCACAAACAUCGCUACUUGAUUUGAUUUAAAGAAAGAAACGAGUUGUGGUAUCGUUGUUUAUUUAUAAAUAUUUGGUGAUAAUGUUUGAUUUGACUUGAUUCGAAAAGAUGUCUUUGAUUUUUAAAUAACUUGUUUUAAACACAAAGUUUGGGAGAUGUUAAGAAACUAAUCCCAACUGCGUUCACAUUUUCAAAUUCUUAAAUUUCUGACAAAAAGUUUAUGAAUGUUAAUAAUUUAAAAUGGUUAUUUUUGGUUAAUAUAUUGUGUGUUUUUUAAAGGUAAAAAAUUGUUUAACCAUUAUAUGUCAUUUUCUAUUGUCUUCAAUUUGUAAGUUUACUUGCAAUCUUAUUCCAAAGCAGUUCAUUACAGUACAGGGUAUUGAUAACUGUUGUAUACUUUUUGGCCUGUUUUUACAUUAUGAUUUAAGGAGCUUUAUAGAAUGUUUCAACUGAAAUCGCCUUCUAAAUGACAUCUAGUUCUAAGAGUUAAAGAAAGUAUGCACUGGAUGCACAACAAAAUUGUCAAUCUCAUUAUACACUAUUGUUGAAUUUUCAAUUCAAGGUAUAUAUAUUUAUUCAUACCUGCUUUUCUUUAUCAGCUUUGUCAGUGAGCCAUUGGCAGUCCACCAUAUUGGUAACACUGGGAUCAGACUAAAAGUGUAUAUUUAGCUUUCAGUUAACAAUGUGCACUUGUUUUCUUUAUAAUAUGCACCAGUUAGAUAUAGUGUCCGCAAACCUGUACUUUGACCUCAGAAUUAGUUUUCUUCUGCUGUUUGAAUAGUCUUGUUUUUGCUACUAUUUGAGUUGAGAUGUUGUUAUAAUGUUUAUAAAGACCUAUCCACCUUCAGGGCAGUUCUUGGUUUAUGAAAAUUCACAAUUUUUAUUGCUUGGUUUAUGUUAUAAAUCAAAAUUAAUUAUUUCGGCCCUAUUGUGGCAUUUUUUGUUUUCCUCUUUAAAUUAUUUCCCCACUGUUUAUAAUGAAAUAAACGUAAUCAAUAUUUGACACAAUGAUUUUCACAGGUAUAUAUGACCUCUAACAUACAGGAUAUAUGACCUCUAACAUACAGGAUAUAUGACCUCUAACAUACAGGAUAUAUGACCUCUAACAUACAGGAUUGCAAUCCAAUGUGCAAAAGAAAAAAGUGCUGGUUUUUAAGCAUAAGAAACAAAAACCUUUUACAAAUGACCUUGAGGAACAUUUUCAUAAAUCAAGACCUGCUAGGUUUUAGUUUACAUAGUUAAAAAAAUGUUACUUAGUUUUUUUUAAAAAUUGAAUGUCCUUAUCGUAAACCAAUGGCUUUACCCAAAUUUUGAUUGGUUUCUUUUUGGGUCCAUACUGUUCAAAGUAAUUGAACUCUUUAUGUGGACUAGUCUUCCGGGUGCCAGUAAUAUGCCUUUUGCAAAAAUUAUUUUAAGUAAAUAAAAUGACUACUUAAUACUCUAACUAUGCAUGUCCUAUGAACUGCAAGUGGAACUAUUUACAUAUUUAAUCAAAAGGUAAUUAAACAUGACAUUUAGUAAUUAACAAAUUGUUGGCUUUAUUUAAUUUUUAAAAAUUGUGUGUUAUACCUCAGAUUUGUGUGCCAAUAGCAACCUAUCUAUCCAUUAUCCUUUGUUGUCUUAACAAUUAUAUUUGUUUGACACAUCUCACCAACCUAAUUCUACCUUUAUUUCACAUUGUAAAACAAUUUUUUUCCCCAUGCUCCUGGUCAAAUAUCCAAUUGCAGAAUUCUUUAAAUAGGUACAUCAACCCCAAGCUUUCCUAGUGGGUCUGUAUACAUGAUUGAUCUGUAUUGAGUUGAACAAGUAUAAAAACAAUAAAACUAUGUUAAUUUAGAUUAAAAGCAUUGGUAAAUUUAGAUAAAAUGGAAC